UUUCAAGACCGACUUCUUUCUUUGCUCUCACUUGCUUCUCUUUGUACGUUCGUCAGGGCUGACUCUAUACCUCAACGUGAUCCCCCGCCUGUGUCGCUCUGCAAGAAACAGAUAUCACUUUUCUCUCAUCUUUUGCUGGACCCUACUAGGCGUAGGACUAAUAUCUCGGCCUCUCGUCCUCGAAGCAAGCAUCCCGUAGUUCAUAUCGCGCCUUCAUCACCACCCGUCCUUUUUUUUUCCAUCUCUCUUUUUCUUUUCUUUUGUUUCUUUCCCCUUGACUUAGAUCCUGCUCGAAGAUGAGUUCCGGUCCUCCGCCAUGGCGGGCCACUGCAUCGGCCACCACUACGGUUCCUUCAUAUUCCGGGCAUGCAACUCCGGCCUAUAUUCCGGUCCAAGCACGCCGUAGCCUUGCCCCCACGAAAACCGUCAACCCAGCGCCCGAAUCAUCCCCCUCGUCAACCACGGAUUCGGCUCCCCGCAAACGAGUAGAAUGGCCAGCACCCGUUCGGCAGUACGUACAGCGAAGUUUCACGCCAGAAAAUUCAAUCGCCUCAGUGAGCAGGGAGGAGAUGGAAACCAAAUUAAAGUCGGUCAUCACCGACGCAGCGGAGAGUAACAUGCUCGAUAAGAUCGACUGGGUCUCCUUACCCCUGCCGCAAGUCAUGGUCCAGAAUGAGCGCAAUAAGAUUCUGACCAGUCCGAGUGUCUCGUUCUGGGGUGCCUCAAAAGCGACUUCUCACAAGUCCGAUGAUAUUGCGCGAAAACGAAAAUCGGCCGAUUUCCAAGGGGACACGGACAGCUGUCCACCUUGGAGGCAAACUAACAAACACAAUAAUUUUGAAGAUCGCAUCACUUAUUCUCCAACAGACAAACGACAACGCAUAGAUCAUAAAAACCCUAGUAAGUCCAAAGCUAAUCUGGAAUUGAGGAGGAAACGUUUUGAGGGCCCUUGGAACGCAAACGGAUCGUCGUCUCGCGAUGAAUCUCCUUCGGCGAGUCCGGAUCAGGGACCUGUCGUUGGAAGAUGUCAAAAUCUAGAGAAGAACUACUUCCGAUUGACUUCGGCGCCCAAUCCCGAUACGGUUCGCCCUCUUGAGGUCUUGGUCAAGACCCUGGAUCUACUGAAGAAGAAGUGGAAACGAGACAACAACUACGGCUAUAUAUGUGACCAGUUCAAAUCGUUGCGGCAGGAUCUGACCGUCCAGCAUAUCAGAAACGAAUUUACUGUCAAUGUUUAUGAAAUCCAUGCCCGGAUUGCUCUUGAAAAGGGAGAUCUCGGUGAGUAUAAUCAAUGCCAGACCCAGCUGCGGGCGCUGUACAGCCAGCAGCUGGGUGGGCAUCCUCGGGAAUUCAAGGCGUAUCGUAUACUUUAUUUCAUCCAUACCCGCAACUGGACAGCCAUGAACGAUGCCUUGGCCGAUUUAACACCAGCAGACAAGCGGGAUCCUGCUGUGAAACAUGCUUUGGACGUCCGGUCGGCCCUUGCUCUUGGAAAUUAUCACCGUUUCUUUCAGCUCUACCUGGAUACCCCCAAUAUGGGUGCUUACCUUAUGGACAUGUUUGUGGAUCGAGAGCGGCUUUCGGCACUCGCCGCCAUAUGUAAAGCGUACAAACCCGACGUAAAAAUCCGCUUCAUUACUGAAGAGCUUGGCUUCGAGUCCGACGAGCAGAGCGCACGCUUCAUUCUUGAAAACACUUCUGAAGGUUUGCUUCAGGAGAAAGAUGAAGCCGUGAAGCUGCUUACCGGAGGAAUAGCCGGCCAGCUUUUUGAGGCCGCUAAGUCGAAGGCUCAUAAAGUUGUCGAUAUCAAGGGACAAAUUUGAAUUUUCGUUCCAUUGAAAAGUUUAUUACAGUUAGCCUCCGCGCUCAUUGUUCCGUCCAUUGUUUUUGAAUGCAUGCAUUUCCAGCCUUUUUUUCCUUCUUUUCCUCAUUUCGUCCAUCCUUUUCUUUCGAUAUCGGCGUCCAGUGUCCUUUGCUUAUGGCUCGAGAUUUAUAUACCCGUCUUAACCCCGAAAGUAUUGGCAGUGCUCUCUACAUUUAGUCAUCUGAUUUGAUCAUGGGUAUUAUUGGGGUUGGGAGCCUAGGUUGGGUAUGGUGAUAUCUGAUCUCAGUUCUAUAAUCCAACUUCUGGUCUUUUC